CUCGAGACAGACCCAUCGCCAGCUCCUUGACACGCACCCGACCUCCCCGCCGGAGCCCACAGCUGCCGCCAGCUCCCGAAAGAGAGAUAAAGAGGCUUGUAGACUGUUUGCAGGGAUGUUGGUGAAGCGAGCGGGCUGCGUCCCUGCCUCUGCCCAGCUCAGGACCAGAGGCUGACUGGAAUCUGACAUGUUGCCCCCUCCAGCUCCUGCUCCGCUGCUCGAUGCCCAGCCCUGCCUGCCCUGCCCACCCUGCCUGCCCUGCCCCUAGCCUUGCUUUCCGCCAGUGAUACACCCUGCUUUCCACGGGCUGCAUUUCAGAGAGAGGUGGCAGUGAGUAUGCUGCAGAAAGCCAGCCUGCAGCCAAAGCCCAGAGGAGUUUCCCAGUGAGGCCAGUUGCUUAAAAGCCAAAGAGUUGCCCCUUCCCCACCCCUGCGUGGAUAAGCAUCUCAGACAGCAAAUUUCUCUGCACUCAGCGAGUGUCAAGGUCCUGGUCUGCAGGUUCGAAGAGAGGGGCUGCCAUGGAAGAGAAUGUGUUCAGCGUGCAUCAGAUACAGCCCAACGUCAUCUCAGUGAGGCUCUUCAAGCGCAAGGUGGGCGGCCUCGGAUUCCUGGUGAAGGAGCGCGUCAGCAAGCCGCCCGUCAUCAUCUCGGACUUGAUCCGGGGAGGGGCUGCAGAGCAGAGUGGCCUCAUCCAGGCUGGGGACAUCAUUUUAGCUGUCAAUGGCAGGCCCCUGGUGGACAUGAGCUAUGAGACCGCGCUGGAGAUACUGAGAAGCAUCGCCUCUGAGACCUACGUGGUCCUCAUCCUGCGGGGCCCUGAGGGCUUCACCACUCACCUGGAGACCACUUUUGCAGGUGACGGGACACCAAAAACCAUCCGUGUCACCAGACCCCUCUGCCCAACUCCGAAGGCGGUUGACUUGUCCAACCCAAGCCUGCACGGCAAAGAGCAGCUGCUGCCAGCAGCCGACCGCACCAUGGGCUCCCUGUGGACAAGAGAGAUCAGGCGGGAGAUGGAGCCGAUGGUCCAUGUUAACGGCGUCAUUACCAGCAGCAAAGGGCAGGAUGCUGGGAAGGGGAAGGGGAAGGAAGGUGCUUGUGGUCAUCCUUGCCUCAAUGGUGGCGUGGAAGACAAUGAACUGCUCAAAGAAAUCGAACCUGUCCUGGAUCUCCUGAAGAGCAGCAGUAAGGACAGCGAUGGAGAUGCACCCUCCAAGGUAGAGACAAGAGAUAUAGAAGUCCAGGUGGACUGUUUCAGGGAAGGGGAAAACAAGCCACAGAAAGCCUUACCGGCUCGGAUGGAGAACGACCGUGUCUUCGGUGACCUGUGGGGGAAGAGCAACGUGCCUGUGGUCCUGAACAACCCCUACUCUGAAGCGGAGCAGCCACCACCAUCUGGGCGGCAGUCCCCAACUAAGAACGCAGUGAAUGGAAGUCCUUCCAAAUGCCCACGGUUUGUCAAAAUCAAGAACUGGGAGACAGGCUCCGUUCUUCAUGACACUCUGCACCUCAAGACAGCAAUGACCACGGCAUGCACCGAGCAGAUCUGCAUGGGCUCAGUAAUGACCCCUAGCCAGCAUGUCCGCAAGUCAGAAGAUACCAGGACAAAAGAGGAGGUGCUCCUCUUGGCUAAGGACUUCAUUGACCAGUACUACUCCUCCAUAAAGAGAUCUGGCUCCAAGGCCCACAUGGAAAGGCUGGAGGAAGUGACCAAGGAGAUUGAAACCACUGAUACUUACCAGCUGCGGGACACAGAGCUGAUCUAUGGAGCCAAGCAUGCCUGGAGAAAUGCGGCCCGCUGCGUGGGCAGGAUUCAGUGGUCCAAGCUGCAGGUGUUUGAUGCCCGGGACUGCACCACAGCCCAUGGGAUGUUCAAUUAUAUCUGCAACCACAUCAAAUACGCCACCAACAAAGGGAACCUCAGAUCUGCUAUCACCAUCUUCCCGCAGCGGACGGACAGCAAGCACGACUUCCGCAUCUGGAACGCCCAGCUCAUCCGCUAUGCUGGCUACAAGCAGCCCGACGGCACUAUCCUGGGAGACCCUGCAAACGUGGAACUGACGGAGAUCUGCAUUCAGCAAGGGUGGAAGGCACCACAUGGGCGCUUCGAUAUCCUGCCUCUGCUUCUUCAAGCCAAUGGCAAUGAUCCAGAGCUCUUUGAAAUCCCCCCAGAGCUUGUGCUGGAAGUGCCCAUCCGUCAUCCCAAGUUUGAAUGGUUUAAGGACCUGGGCCUGAAGUGGUAUGGUUUGCCAGCAGUUUCCAACAUGCUCCUUGAGAUUGGUGGCUUGGAGUUUUCUGCCUGCCCCUUCAGUGGCUGGUACAUGGGCACAGAGAUUGGCGUCCGGGACUAUUGUGACAACUCUCGCUACAACAUACUGGAGCAAGUGGCCAAGAAAAUGAAUCUGGAUAUGAGGAAAACCUCUUCACUGUGGAAGGACCAGGCUCUGGUGGAGAUCAACAUUGCUGUGCUGUACAGCUUCCAGAGUGACAAAGUGACCAUUGUGGAUCACCACUCAGCCACUGAGUCCUUUAUCAAGCACAUGGAGAAUGAGUACCGAUGCCGUGGAGGCUGUCCUGCUGACUGGGUGUGGAUUGUCCCACCAAUGUCUGGCAGCAUCACCCCAGUUUUCCAUCAGGAAAUGCUCAACUACCGUCUCACACCCUCCUUUGAGUACCAGCCGGACCCCUGGAACACCCAUGUCUGGAAAGGGGUCAAUGGGACACCUACCAAGAAGAGGGCCAUUGGCUUUAAGAAGUUAGCCAAAGCUGUGAAGUUCUCAGCCAAGCUGAUGGGACAGGCCAUGGCCAAGAGGGUCAAAGCAACCAUCCUGUAUGCCACUGAAACAGGGAAGUCGCAGGUCUAUGCAAAAACUCUGUGUGAAAUCUUCAAGCACGCUUUCGAUGCCAAGGUGAUGUCCAUGGACGAGUAUGACAUCGUGCACCUAGAGCAUGAAACCAUGGUCCUGGUGGUCACAAGCACCUUUGGCAAUGGAGACCCACCUGAGAACGGAGAGAAAUUUGGCUGUGCAUUAAUGGAGAUGAAGAAUCCCAACUCCAACCUGGAGGAGAGGAAGAGCUACAAGGUUCGUUUCAACAGUGUCUCCUCUUACUCGGAUGCACGGAAAUCCUCAAGUGACGGCCCUGACUCCAGGGACAACUUUGAAAGCACAGGGCCCUUGGCUAAUGUCAGGUUCUCCGUGUUUGGGCUGGGGUCACGUGCUUACCCCCAUUUCUGCGCCUUUGCCCGGGCAGUGGACACCCUCCUGGAGGAGCUGGGUGGAGAGAGGAUCCUCCGCAUGGGAGAAGGGGAUGAGCUCUGCGGCCAAGAGGAGUCCUUUAGGACCUGGGCCAAGAAGGUCUUCAAGGCAGCGUGCGAUGUGUUCUGCGUGGGGGACGACGUCAACAUCGAGAAAGCAAACAACUCCCUCAUCAGCAAUGACCGGAGCUGGAAGAGGAGCAAGUUUCGCCUGACCUAUGUGGCCGAGGCCCCGGAGCUCACACAAGGACUGUACAGCAUCCACAAAAAACGCGUCUAUGCAGCUCGGCUUAUCACACGCCAGAACCUGCAGAGCCCAAAGUCCAGCCGCUUGACAAUUUUCCUGCGCCUCCACACCAAUGGACACCAGGAACUGCAGUACCUGCCCGGGGACCACCUGGGCGUGUUUCCUGGGAACCAUGAAGACUUGGUCAAUGCCCUGAUUGACAGGCUUGAAGAUGCCCCUCCGGCCAACCAAUUGGUGAAGGUGGAGCUCCUGGAGGAGAGGAACACAGCUCUAGGUGUCAUCAGUAACUGGACAGAUGAGAACCGUGUCCCACCAUGCACCAUCUUCCAGGCUUUUAAGUACUAUUUGGACAUCACCACUCCUCCCACACCCCUGCUGCUGCAGCAGUUUGCUUUGUUGGCCACCAGUGACAAGGAGAAGAAACGUCUGCAGGUUCUUAGCAAGGGCUUGCAGGAGUAUGAGGAAUGGAAGUGGUCCAAGAAUCCUACCAUAGUGGAGGUGCUGGAGGAGUUCCCCUCUGUGCAGAUGCCUUCCACACUGCUGCUCACACAGCUCCCCCUCCUCCAACCACGCUACUACUCCAUCAGUUCCUCCCCAGAGAUGUACCCAGGCGAGGUCCACCUCACCGUGGCAGUGGUGUCCUACCGCACAAGAGAUGGAGAAGGACCAAUCCACCACGGAGUCUGCUCCUCUUGGCUCAAUCGGAUACAGACCGAUGAAAUAGUGCCCUGUUUUGUAAGAGGUGCGCCCGGGUUCCACCUGCCCCAGGAUCCCCAGGUGCCCUGCAUCCUCAUCGGCCCCGGCACCGGCAUCGCCCCUUUCCGGAGCUUCUGGCAGCAGCGGCUUUUUGAAAUUCAGCACAAAGGUCUGAAGCCUUGUCCUAUGGUCCUGGUCUUUGGCUGCCGGCAGGCCAGGAUUGACCACAUUUACAAAGAGGAGACACUCUUUGCCAAAACCCAAGGUGUCUUCAGAGAGCUGUACACAGCCUACUCCCGGGAACCGGACAAACCAAAGAAAUACGUGCAGGACGUGUUACAGGAGCAGCUGGCCCAAACCGUGUUCAAAGCACUGAAGGAGCAGGGAGGCCACAUCUACGUCUGCGGGGAUGUCACCAUGGCUGGGGACGUCCUCAAGACCGUUCAGCGCAUCGUGAGGCAGCAGGGCCAGCUGUCAGUGGAGGAGGCAGGCGCUUUCAUCAGCAAGCUGCGGGAUGACAGCCGGUACCACGAGGAUAUUUUUGGAGUCACCCUGCGUACGUACGAAGUGACUAACCGCCUUAGAUCUGAGUCUAUUGCAUUCAUUGAGGAGAGCAAAAAGGAUACGGAUGAGGUUUUCUGCUCCUAACUGGACCCUUCGCCCCAGGGGGAUGCCAAACCAGUCCCAGCACCUGCUGCCCCCUCCAGCCAGAGGGCACUGGGUUUUGUAUUUCACAGACACGGUGGCUCCUUUUCCUCGGGGAACUGCCCAUGGAAAGCGCUCUGUCUCUCGUCCUGUUGUUGUGUCCUGAUGAUGAUGAUGAUGAUUUUUAUUUCCUUUUCUUCCUCUUUCUCUUGCUCUUGUCCUGUGGCCAUUUCUUUUCUCUCUUUUUCCCUUCCCUGGAUUUCCCCACUGAAGUACGAUGGCUUUAUAACCUGCAGUGGCUCUUAACAGAACCCCACAUUUCUCCUUCUUCUCAUGAGGGCAUUUUGCAGCUGCAUGAAAUCACCACCUUCAUGAUCAUCUGCAUUUUCGGUGUUCUGGGGGACAGCAGAGCUGGCAGGGGCUGGGCAAUGGCUAGGUCUUGUUGCUUGACCAGAGCUGGGGGUUGUUCCUCCCAGGCUCCCCCUUCCCCCAGCUCAGGGCUUGGCUGAAUCCUUGCAUUUUCAUGGCUUUCCUUUAUACUUGUACAGACCUGGGCAUGUGCCUGAGGCUGGGGGCAGAUUAUGUGCAAUGCCCUCGUGCCUAUGAACUUUGUUCAUCCCCAAGCAGCCUGGGUACAAAUGUGUCUGUUUUGAUCUGAAGGGUGGGAUGUUUCUGAUUCAUGUAUCAUGAUUUCUCCUAAAUGGACUCUGUGCUAUGUUUGCCAACUCCUCUGCUCCGGGUUCCCCAUGAGCCUCUCUUGCUCAAUCCCCACUUUUGCCAGCAUGAAAGUCCUCCCACAGAGAAGCAAGCACCGAACACACAGGCUGAUGUGUAUGCUAGGGAAAAACUCAUGGCAAUGACUGCUGCUUGGCCAGGCUGUUCUCCGGAGAGCUUUACAGGAGAUAAGUCUUCUGCAGCCAUGAUGCUGGUGAGAGAGACUGAGGAACCGGCUGCAUUCCAGAGCUUUGAAUAUUGUGAAUGUGUGAACCCUCUCCCAGGUGAGACUGGAAAGCCACAAGGAUGGGAGAGAACCAGCUCCAACCCCAGCUGCCAGAGGCACCUCCUGAUAACAAAGCCUGUUUUGGAAGGCAGCACUUGGAGGGUUAUGGAGGCUCCUGGUCCUCGGUGAGGUUGUGCCAAACGAGGAGUCUUGAAAGCCCAGAGACCAUCAGCUCCACCUUAGCGCAGACUCAUGAGCAGUUCUGGGACAGCAGACCCCAGCCACUUCCACACCUUUGGGAGCAGAAAGUGCCAGCACGGAGUGACCUGCCUGCCAAGAGAAAUACACGUGGUGUCUGGGUAGCAAGCCAGUCCCCCCUGUAGGCUCUGCACCACCUGCCAGCGGCACGAGCUGUCUCUGCCGGGACAUCUCAUGUGAGAAGGGAAGUGAUAUCAGCUGUAAAGAUGCUGUGUGAUUCUGGGCUCUGACAUGCUCACACCUCAGCCCUGCUGCAAAAAUCUGGCCCCAAAAGCAAUCUGUUAACACAAUCACAGAAAGCUAUCAGUCCCUCUAAUAGAGAAAAGCUGUCUGCAAGGUAAAGCAUGCGUGACCUUGUGUGUCCCUCCUUCUCCCUUCCUCACCCUGGAGAAGGUUUGUCCUCCCUCACUGCCAGGAUGAGGGCAGCAGGGCAUGGCUGCAGCUCUUGCUGGAGGCAGGGAUACGGGGUUGACAUUUUGAGCUGGUAGACACUGAUCCCUUCCUCCUGCCCCUGCUCUGCUGAACUGUGCACUGAUGCUUGUAUGGAGCAAAGCAUCUGCACCAGCGACAGCAGAGGGUUUGUCCAGGAGCUGCAAUGGUGAGCUUACUUUCAGAAAGCUAAGAUUAACUGCCCUAAAACACAGUCAGAACAAAAAGUGCUGCAGGAGCUUUUCUGUUCUCCCAGUCCACGGUACAAGCUGCGCUGGGUCCCCCGGCCCCAGGCUGUGCGGUUAUCCCCACCCUCAGCCAGGUCCUCCAGCUCUUUCUUGCUGCUUGUCUGCCCACAUCUCCGCAUGCUGUGACCAUCUUCUGCGGCUUUGAUUCCCUGAAUGCUUGAAGCAGCUCCAGCCUAAAAUUCAAAAGCAAAAGGCCUCCAGGCACUGGGAGAAUUUGAGAUCCAGGUCUUAGUUUUAGUGGUCCCAGCAGAGCAUCUAGCAUGGAGUAAAAUGCGAAUGAAUGCUGCCACGGUGUGGCCACAGCCCCGCUCACUGGGCUAGCAGGGCGGCUGGAGCAGGGUUGGGAGCCAGGAGCAAGGCCAGGUUUGUGUCACUGCCUGGGGACUUUGUGACCUGGAGGUGAAAGCAGAGCGGGACAGGAAAAAGGGCAGCCCAUGGUCCACCUCUGUGGACUCUAAUCCCAGGGCAUCCAAGGGGGAGCUGGGUCCCUUUGCUGCUGGGAUGCGUGAAUUUGGUCCUGCCUGUGGGAGACAACUCCCUGGCUGUGAACAUAGAGCAAUCCUGGCCCUAACCCCCAAUCCUGUGGCUGCAGAAAGAGAGCUAAAGAAAAAAAAUCAGACUCAUCCCCUUCUUUUGGGAAAUUUGAUGAUGGCUCUAGAUUUUGUGCUUUGGUCCUCCGUUGAGUAGAAGGAGCGAUGCAAUCUGAAGAGGAGGUAGUGCCCAAAGAAAUGCCCUUGUCUUCGUCCUCUUUCCAGCUCAUCCUGUGUGGCUGGCAAUUAGUUUUUUCCUGUCCUGCCUUCUACCUGUAUCGCUACAACAUUUCCCAUCUGGAAGCCUGUGCCUGAGCUGAAUUGGCUUGCUUCUCCUGCACCCUAAAGUUUGCCACCUCUAUCUCCCCCUGCCACCUGAGCUGCCAGUGGAAACAGCGGGGAAGGCAGCGGAGAAGGGAACAGGGUGUGUGUCUUGCCUUUGGUGGGAUGUCCAAAGGGGUCUGUGCCAGGCAGACAGCCAAAGCUGUUUCAAAUUCAGCAGGCAUCAGGCAGGUGAGUCCUUCAGAGCCCUUUGGAAGGGAAAUGCUUUUUUAAGGCCAGUCUCCCUGCCUGGCCCCAGAGAAGAAACCCUCCCUGCUGUGAAGGUCCAUGAAGUUAAUAUGUCCCCCAGGGCUCUGAGCUGCCUCUCCGCUCUCUCUGCCUGAGCAGGACCGUUUGCUCCUCACAAGCCGCACCACUGGGAAUUUUGAUUCAUUGUUUUUUGUUGAGUCAGUCUCAGACGUCUUAACUUCAUCUGCCUUACCUGCAGGGGCUUAGCACUCCCCUCAAGCUUAAUUUUCUCCCACAGCAAAGGGAGAAAUAAACUUGUGGAUCUGCGUUAUCAUUCCACCAAUGCGGCUCUUCUACCAGUUGUCUGGACUCUGCUCAUCUCGGUGUGACAUUUCUGACGCGUAGGUGUAGCCACACUAUCUCCAGCAUGCAUAAACGGCAGAGAGCAAGGUGAGCUCUGCCACAGACUGGUGCCAGGAGCUGCUCAGGGGUGUCAUCCAUGGAGGGGUUGUGCCUCUUGUUCACAGAUCUGUCACCUCCGGGUGCCUGCUUCCAGUCCAGGCUCCUGCACAGCCCCACGUGGCUCCUGCAGUGAGGGCUGCUGGACCUGAUGGACAACCAGCUGGAUUCCCUCUCCUGGUAGAUGUCCACUACUGCCCAUUUUAAGCAGCUCUGGUCCUUUUUGCUCCCCAGGUAUUAAACAUAAACAGAAGAUUUUAUUUUCAAGACACUAUGAAGCAGGGGGGGGUUUUGCAAAGAUUUUUAAUUCAUAGGCCUUUCAGAUGUCCACAGAAAGUUAUUCUAUGAACUUGAAAACUCACGGGGAAUGCUUGUCUGUUUUCCCAACCUGCUGUGUCCACUAGCAGGAAAAAAUAAGUUGUUCAUUCAGUAGAAGGGUAUCUACCGCCUGUGUUGUUGAUGACUUCAGAGAUUUCAUCUCUUCAGAAGGACUGCCUAAGAGUUUGUUGUCCUUCUAUUUAUGAGAGACAGCGGGAAAAUAAUGAGACUUCUAUCAUCAGGAGUAGACUCGCAAUGAUGACACCUCCACAAUCCUUGCUGGGUGGCUCUGACGUCGAUGCACUAGAGGAACCAAACCAGCCACAUCCAUACUGGCCAGAGAAACGGGGCUUGAGUUGGGGCUGUCCACGCUCCCUGUCCCCAGCCCUGCGCCUACGCGUCCCCAGGGUCGCUCAGGGGACUCUGUUCACACCCAGAGCAGUGUGAGGCAAUGUGUCUCUGCACGACCAGCAACCUUGCUGCGUCCUGAGCGAAUGUGACUGCACUUAUGCGGAAGAGGAGAUGGGAAGAGACAGGAGCUGCAUGAACCUGUGUCCAGUCUAAGUGCGAUUGCACCCUUAGUUCCUUUACUGUUAGUAUGCGACGCCUCUCACUCCGUCCCGGGCUGUAACCCAGGCUCCCUCUACCGCUUCACUCUGCAGAGCCCUCCUUUCUCCUCAGCCCUGCCUGCCCCGCCAAAGGUGCAGCGAGCUGCUCAGGUGAGUCCUGGGAACGACGACAGACUUAGUGCCUUGUGCUGGGAAAAGACUGUUGCACUGGGGUUGCCCUCCCGUUUCUGCUCUCUCCAGAGAUGCUCCUAGCACACAGACUGAGAGCUGAGGAGAACGGAUUACUUCGUUUUACAAGGGAAAUUCCAGGUGGGCAAAUUUCCUCUGGGAUAACUGAGAGAAAACUAACAGCCCUGCUCAGCCGUGCUCUGCAAUUAACCUCCCAGUGAUGGGGUUUUAUAGGAGUGUGGAGGUGGUGCAAGGUUAGAGUGUGGCUGCAAAGUGGACACCACCUUCUGCAAGCACCACGGGUCUGUCAACACCUACCACGUACCAGAGACCAUGUUUUUAUUGGGCUGGCAGUGGGGGGAGAGAACGUGUUUGUGCCUGAAGCCUCACGGACUUGUGCCAAGCCCAGGCCAAAGCUGCUGCCUCCUGACUUAGGACCACUGAAGCCAUUACAGUCCUCUGAUUCAUACUUGUGGGGAAGCUGCAGAGAGUUCCCAGCAUUUUUUGGACAGAGAAUUAUAUGCUCAAAACUAAAUUUUGUUCUUGCUUUCACUGGGGACCAGUUCUCAGCUCCAGAAUUGCUCUGAUAACUUUGCAAUUGCUUUGAUAGUUCCAGAGGGGAGCGUAGUCCCUUUACAGAACAGAUGGAGACACAUUUUCAGGACCAUUCAACUUUGCUGUAACUCUUUCCUAUAACAAUUUCUUCUGCUACAACAGGAGGAGCCAAAUUUGGCCAGUGCUGAAUGCUCUUGAAAACUGUAUUCCCGAACUUGGACAAAAUCAGUCUAGAAUCUGAGUCCUCCCAGAUACAAAAUGCCUUCCACACCCACUGGCUUCAGUGGCACUGGGGGUUUCAGCAGCUUGCAGGAUCCGGCUUUCCCAGCAGCAGCAAUUUCAUGACGGCAGUGUUUUUGCGUGUGUCAAUCUGCACUUGCACUUGCCUGCAAUGCAUGACUCUAGUAAUCCUUUUGAAAUCUACCCUCGACGGAGAUGUGAGCUCUAGCUUCUUCCAUAUGGCCGUGUGUAUUUAAUAGGAAAUCAGGGGAGUGGGAGAAAGCUAAUGGGAUUGCUGCUUUAAAGCACUUGGUUCCAGAAGUAAAACAGAAUUUACCAGAGGUCAAAAUUGUUUUGAUUUUAGCAUGGGUACAAGGGCAACUCAUGAAAUAUUUAAGCAUUGUAAUGCAGAUACACUUUUCUCCUGCUGUGCCAGGAAUGAAGCAGACUAGAAACUCCUGGCCUCCACCCCUACAGAUGUUUGGCUGUGAUGGAAGUUUGAGCCAUUGAAAUCAUGGGAAAAAAAGCAGAUUGUGAGUUCAUAGCUGAGCGGUCGCAGCUUGUUUAGCAGUGAGAACACCUCACUGCGGGGGCUGCUGCUUUCCUGCCUUACCCAUUCAUGUACCUACCUGGCCAGAUUUCGGGGGAGGGAGGAAGCACUUCAAAGGCAAGAAAAUCCACCAUGUGAGCCUUGCCCUGAGCAUCCCUGGGUGAACAAGAGCUUACAGGCCAAGGCUUUGCAGCUACUCCUCAUUACCACGGCGGGGAGGUGGGCAAGACAUCGGAGGUUUCUCUUGUAUCCGCAGGCCAAAGCAUGCAGAAGCUGUCCGGGGCUGUGGGAAAGCAGGAGUGCGGAGCUGGGCUGUGGGUAGACACUCCUGCAUGGCCCGACUGUGGUGUUUGCACACAGCUUUCUGUAGGGCUGGAUCAGAAAUCUCUUAGUGAGUAACACUGUGCAAAGUAUUUUUCUUCUGGGGGCAUUCUUAGUACCUUAAACAUUUGAAGACUAAAUACUGAAAAAGUUGAUCUAACUGAUUUGGGGCUUCUUUUUGUUGUUUUGUUUUCAUGUGUUGAUUUUGGGUGGGGACAGCAAACAAAAAAUCAUCAGAUUGGUUUGGAUUAAAUCAAAUACUUUGUUCCCAUGAUAAUUGCUAACGGAGAUUUUAAAAUUUUCCAAGGGCAGCAAAACUGCCUUAAUAUGUGUUCAACUCCAACAAGAGACUCCAGUGGUACUAGCUUCUGAGCCUGCUUUUUUAUAUUUUUCUCUGUGUGAUCAUGGCAUGGAAUCAUGUCUUAACAAAAUACACUUUAAGUACUCAACAGGGUGUCCAGAAACAGAAGACAGUGUUUCAGAAUCUCCUCAUGCCCAGCAUUGAAGUGAUGGCUUUGAAGCCAAUGAAAUUCAGCGCAAAAUUUCUGCUUUGCUAAAAUUCUACAAAACAGGCAAAUGUCCACAAUUCCCAAGGUUGAAUGUGCUCUGCUGCCUUGAGAUGCCUUCAAAAAACCUUGGGAUUUGUAUGCUGAAAAGAGCUUGAGAAUAAGUUCCCUGGCCUGCAGCAACAUCCCCAGCUCUUCUAGAAUGUACACAAUUCGCCAGACAGUAGAUGAACAGAGUAAGAUGACUUUCAGCCAGGACUCAUUGCUUUUUAGAUUGCACAUAGUUAGAAACAUGAGUUCUGCCAGCUGCCCAGGGAAUUUGAUAUCCAGUGCCAAUUAAUUUUUGUAAUAGGAACAGGGAUUUAUUUCCUUGAUUUCCUUAGGCACCUUUGAAAAGCAUAAGCCUCAAAGGUUGGUUUGGAUUUUUUUUUUCUGGUGGCCUUUUUCCUCAAGAGCAGUGGUGCCGAGAUGAGAAAGGGGACUGAUCUGUGAAGGGUAGCAGCUUUGGGGCAGGCAACUCCCAAACUUUCCACUGCAGAGGUUUUCUAAACUCUUCAGAUGUGAGUAAAUUCUGCUCUGCUAGAUGGGACUCCAACCUCUCGCUGCUCUCUGGUCCUCCUGCUCCUUCCUCCCUCCCCUCACCACCUCCUCAUGUCACUGUGCCUUCAUUUGGUUUAUAAAAUGGUGCCAUGAUUUGAGACUGGCACAUUGUCUUUACUCCCACUUUGCAUCCCAUAAGACAGGUAUGUGUGGAGGGGGGUUAGCUUAUUUUGUAGCUUUUUGUGUGAUCCUAAGGUAGGUUUCUUCUGAGGAGUAAAGGGGUGGGGAUAGUUGGAGCAGGGUUGAGCCGGUGUUGUAUUUGAUCCUACCAGUGCUUUAAGCGGUCAGAAACAUGGUUUUCCCCUACCUCUGAGCUCUCAAUGCUGCUAAAAUCUCCGCCAUUCGUACAAUGUACUCCAGCCCCCUCUCUCGGACUGACUCUGGCUCUGUUUGCAAGAUAUCCACAUUGUUCUAAAGCAUGCACCUCUUUCUGUAUAGUUCCAAUCUUCUGAUUUUACGGAAUACUUAUGCCUGUUUGCAUUACAGU